AUGAAUCAACGUUCUCCUCCAUCGGGCGAGAAGACCUCUGCGGACCCGUCAAUCCGCCCAAACCUAUCCGAUUCUCGGCCUGAAGAUCUUCAAGGCGCCGACUUACCCAACCUUCAACAAGAAGCAGAAAAACCGGCGGUGCAGAAUGAAGAAGCAGCCUGUUAUCGAACAACAUUCUUCGUCAAUGUCGACUGGAGUAUGGGCUCAACACUUGCGACGGCAAAGAACAUCGUUGGCCAGAUGUACGUUGAGGGUUUGGAACCUCUAGUGAGACUCUGUCCAUACCCUAUCAUCCUCAUCCAUGGAGACUUUCACACUGGUCAGACAACUAAGCCAGACGGUCAGCCUGGAUGGGCCUCGUUCUUCCUCAACAAAGGCUUUCAAGUCUUCAUCGUUGAUUUGCCCCCUUCCGGUCGCUCCAACUUUUUAACAACCUCUCACUACAUCCACCGCGAAGUAGGCGUCAGCUCCAGUUCGAUCCCGGCAAGAGGAGUCGAAUCAAGCCUGACGGCGCCUGGUGUACCUCGAGAAGUCGGCGUGCCCCUCCAAUAUCCAAAGGCUAAAUUUCACGAUAAAUGGCCCGGCACUGGAAUGCGUGGGGAUCCCAUCUUUGCCAGGUACUGCGCCUCCUUGGAGACUCUUCACCUCAACAAAGUGGAACGCCAGUCUCUCGCUCAGAAUGCCCUCCAAGCGCUCCUACGCCAUGUUGGCAAGUCUAUCCUCGUAGGCGAAGGAUCAGGUGGAGCUGCGGCUUGGUUGGCUACCGACGUUGAACCUGAUCUCGUCGCUGGUGCUAUUGCUCUUGAGCCACCAGGACCCCCUUUUGGCACGGCGUGCCCCAAAGAACGAAAUCCUUACCGCGAGUACACCCCUUUCAUUCAGUAUGAGGAAGGGACCCGAAUCUACGGAUUGACGGACAUUCCUCUUACCUACGAUCCUCCUGCUCACCCCCAUGGAGGAUAUGAUCAUCCUGAGAAAAACCCGCUCGACAUAACCGAACAUACGUCGGUUGACGGAAAUAGCGAAUGCCUCCUACAGUGUAAAAGGGCCCGCAGGCUCAUCAACAUCAAGAAAGUGCCCAACGCCGUUGUCACUGCGCAUGCCAGCUCGCAUGGCAUGUAUGACUGGGCCACAGUGGCCUUCAUGGUGCAAGCUGGCGUCAAAUGCGAGCUGAUUAAGCUCCAAGACAAGAACAUAUUGGGCAAUGGGCAUCUGAUGUUUCUUGAGACGAACAGCAAUGAAAUUGCUCAGGUUCUCAUGGAUUGGAUUUUGGAGAACGCGAUACCAGCGCCCUUUCAAAUGUUAGUGUCAGAACCUACACCACCGCCAGAGUUCAGCGAGUUUGCGGACACUGUCGAAAGACUGGGUCCUCAAAGAGAGCCUAGUGUCGAAUCAAUCAGCUCGCAAAAGACACAAUUGCUGGACUCUAAGCCGAUGGACCAAGAAAUGAGCCUAGUUCAGCUCCCAGAAACACCACAGCCCUCGGGCGAGCAAGAAACCAGGCCUCAUCAAUCCGAGUCCUCGGGUGGACACUCGAUUGGAAACUCCAACAAGAGAGCCGCUCUGUCGUCUGGACAGACAACCAUCAGUAUUGCUAAUGGUACCGAUUCUCCUUAUCUACCUUCAACAUCGGUCGAUAAUCCGAAACGACGACGAGUAAUUCUCGCCACUGGCAUGUCCACUCCAUCGUCAGCAUCUUCUGCAAUCUCAUCUUCUCAGGAGAGGUCUGACCAGACACAACCCAAGGAAGUUGCUCAAGUCCCAGAACAGCAGAUCCAGACUACAGCGGCAGAGAAACCUGUUUACGAUAUCUCCCUGUUGAAGCCUACUCUUCCAGGAGAAGUGCCCUCUUAUCUGAAACUCCCAGCCAACAAAGGCAACCAGCCUUCGAUGGCAAGCCCUGCAUUGAGCCUCCCCAGUCAACUUCAAGCUUCCCGGCUCUUCAACGGUCGAGCAAGCACCUUGUAUGAGCGUUUGCCUAUUGCUCAGCAAAUCAACGCAUUGCAGAGAGACUAUCAGCGAAGUUUCACCCCCAACAAGGGUCAUACGACGGCCCGCUUUGAGUGUCAAACUGGAUCCGCUGAAGAGAUUGCAGCAACCAUGUAUAAUCAGAAUCGUCUUCCCUCUGGCUUGGCUUACCCUGGUACAAUCCCAGGACCGAAGUUUGGGCCAUGGUCGCCCAUUCCACAGGUACAGCAACAGGGUUCCUAUCCCCAACGACUGGACCAUUCGCCUGCACUGAGUGGCAGAGGAGGACUCAUGCCGGUCCCGACUUCGACACCAACCGGAGAUCAGUUUACAACGGCAACUCUUGCUGGACCUUAUACCCCUUUGAUGCCACCUUCGACACUGGGCGGUCACUCGUACAACCCUUUUGGUACUUAUCCGCAGAUGACGCCCCCGAGUCCAUCUCCUGCUCCUAGGCCAUCAUCGAACCCUCCUGCGCUCAACUUGAGCAUGAGAUCACCUGCUGCUCCUGCGCGGCCGAAAACACCGGCCUCCAAGUGA